AAAAUGUCAAUUUGUUGUUCAAAAAGUUGUCUAGUUUUUCAUCCUAAUAAUAGAAAUUUAAUAUGAAAAGUCACUCUGAAAUGUGUUUUUUUCUUCUCCGGGAAAAUUUAAUUUAUCGGCUACGCGGAAAUCUUAAGAUUAUAAAAUGAUAAUAAAGUUUGACUUGUAAAAUUUAGCUCAGCUGAACCAAUUUUAAAGAGACACUGGUGUCAAAUUCGUGAACUACCAAGGUACGGAGUUUAACGCGCAUGUUUCUUUGGAAUGUUUUGACUUUAGCAAGUUUAGCACCACUGACGAGAACCAUCAUCGUGCCUAUCGAUCCCAUCGUCUUCAUUCUUGGAUAAUAUUUUCCGUCAUAUUUUCUGAAAGUCUCUUCUCUUCUAAAAUGCGACUGUCAGAAAAUUUUCCGGAAGUCAGUCCAGAAAGACCGGCCGGCAUCGCGAAAAUCGCCUACGCGCAAGCUAGUUUUAUGACUAAGUAUGACAGUCCAAAGGAAAAGCAAUUAGCGCUUCCCAUCGAAGAGAAUAAAUCUUUUCUUCAGAUUCAAAUUUUUGAAACCAUUAGUUCAACAUUUUGUAAUGCUUACACAACUGUGAAGCAAUCGAACGAAACAAUCACCAAUAUUCUCAACGAAACUGAAAAAAGUCUCGGAAAGGGAUCCGAAUUUAUUGGCAGUACUAUCGAAAAAAUACCGACGAUAAACAUACCGGCUGAAGAAAUUAUCGAAAAUCUCAGAUUAAAUUUCAGACUCACAUUUUUGUCGACGAUAGAAUGGUGUGAAAAUAUUGUAUCGAGUGUAAUCAACACCUUCAAUAAUUUAUCCAUAACGAAUGAAGAUAAGACCGACAAAACGAAAGGUGACAAGGCCAAAAGUUUAGGCUAAAAAUAAUGUAUAAUACUACGAUAUAUUUGUUACCUUUUCCCAACGGAACGAAAAAUUCUAUUCAGUUUUAUGAAACUAAAAAUAUUAAACAAUACACAUUUUUUUUCUUUGUCGUUUACUUCUCUGGGAUUAAAAAAAAAAGAAAUUUGGGAAAUGAAUCAUUUUUUG